CGCCGAGCGAGGUGGCGGGAAAGGCUGUGGCCGCGGGCUCCCCGGGGACCCCGAGCACCGGUGGGCAGCGGGACUCAUCAUUUUUAUCUCCCCGGUCUCCACCUGCCUAACAUCUCUGUUGGCUGCUCCACUGAUGCACGAUGAACUGCGAACUUCUAGCCACAUGUAGUGCCCUUGGGUACUUGGAGGGAGACACUUACCACAAGGAACCAGAUUGCUUAGAGAGUGUGAAGGAUUUGAUCCGCUACUUGAGGCAUGAGGACGAGACUCGAGAUGUGCGGCAGCAGCUGGGGGCCGCCCAGAUCCUGCAGAGUGACCUUCUGCCCAUCCUCACCCAACACCGCCAGGACAAGGCGCUCUUCGAUGCCGUUAUCAGGCUGAUGGUGAACUUGACACAGCCAGCCUUGCUCUGUUUUGGCAGUGUGCCCAAGGAGCCCAGCUUCCGGCACCAUUAUCUGCAGGUGCUGGCUUACUUGCAGGCCUACAAAGAGGCCUUUGCCAGUGAGAAGGCUUUUGGGGUCCUCAGUGAAACCUUGUAUGAGCUGCUACAGCUGGGCUGGGAGGAACGGCAGGAGGAAGACAACUUGCUGAUUGAGCGGAUCCUGCUGCUGGUCAGAAAUAUUCUCCACAUCCCAGCCGACCCGGAUCAGGAAAAGAGGAUCGAUGAUGACGCCAGCGUCCAUGACCAACUGCUCUGGGCAACUCAUCUCAGUGGCCUGGACGACCUGCUCCUCUUCCUGGCCAGCUCGCCCACCGAGCAGCAGUGGAGCCUACACGUGCUAGAGAUCAUCUCCCUAAUGUUUCGUGACCAGAACCCUGAGCAGCUAGCAGGAGUAGGACGGGGACGCUUAGCCCAGGAGCGGAGCACCGAUGUGGCAGAGCUGGAGAUGUUGCGCCAGCGAGAGCUGGCAGAAAAGAAGACUCGAGCCCUUCAGCGUGGCAACAGGCAUUCUCGAUUUGGGGGCUCCUACAUUGUCCAGGGGUUGAAAUCCAUUGGCGAGAGGGACCUCAUCUUUCACAAAGGUCUCCACAAUCUCCGAAACUACAGUUCCGAUUUGGGAAAGCAGCCCCGAAGGGUGCCUAAACGUCGCCAGGCUGCCCGGGAGCUGUCCAUUCAGCGCCGCUCUGCCCUCAACGUGAGACUCUUCCUCAGAGACUUCUGCUCUGAGUUCCUGGAGAACUGUUACAACCGGCUCAUGGGCCUGGUGAAGGAUAACCUGCUUCGGGAGAAGGCUCAGCAGCACGACGAGACCUAUUACAUGUGGGCCUUGGCCUUCUUCAUGGCCUUCAACCGGGCUGCCUCCUUCAAGCCAGGCCUGGUCUCCGAGACCCUCAGUGUCCGUACCUUCCACUUCAUUGAGCAGAACCUCACCAACUACUAUGAGAUGAUGCUGACUGACCGCAAGGAAGCUGCCUCCUGGGCACGCCGGAUGCACCUGGCUCUGAAGGCCUAUCAGGAGCUUCUGGCCACAGUAAAUGAGAUGGACGUGUCGCCAGAGGAGGCUGUGAGGGAGAGCAGCCGCAUCAUCAAAAACAACAUUUUCUAUGUAAUGGAGUAUCGAGAGCUGUUCCUGGCACUCUUUCGAAAGUUCGAUGAGCGAUGCCAGCCCCGCUCUUUCCUUAUCGACCUGGUGGAAACCACCCAUCUCUUCCUCAAGAUGUUGGAGCGGUUUUGUCGGAGCCGAGGGAACCUGGUGGUGCAGAACAAACGAAAGAAGAGAAAGAAGAAAAAGAAGCCUGUUGCUUCUGGUAAUGUUCCCUGCAGCCCAGGGGACCUGGAGGCCCUGUGGCCAUCCCUGGCCGAGCAGCUGCAGUGCUGUGCCCAGGAUCCUGAGCUCAGUUUGGACUCCAUGGUUCCCUUUGAUGCAGCCUCAGAGGUGCCAGUGGAAGAGCAGCGGGCAGAAGCCAUGGUGCGGAUCCAAGACUGUCUGCUGGCUAGCCAGGCCCCACAGGCCCUGACUCUCCUUAGGUCUGCCCGAGAGGUGUGGCCAGAAGGAGAUGCAUUUGGCUCUCAAGACAUUUCCCCAGAGGAAGAGAUCCAGCUGCUGAAACAAAUCCUCUGUGCCCCGCUCCCCCGGCAGCGGGGGCCAGAGGAACGAGGGGCAGAGGAGGAAGAGGAAGAAGAGGAGGAGGAGGAGGAGGAGGAAGAACUGCAAGCGGUCCAGGUGUCGGAGAAAGAAUUUAAUUUUCUGGACUACCUGAAACGCUUUGCCAGCUCAGCUGUCGUCCGAGCCUACGUACUGCUGCUGCGGAGCUACAAGCAGAACAGCGCCCACACCAACCACUGCGUCGUCAAGAUGCUGCACCGGCUGGCCCACGACCUCAAAAUGGAAGCCCUCCUUUUCCAGCUCUCACUCUUCUGCCUCUUCAAUCGUCUGCUGAGUGACCCUGCCGCUGGGGCCUACAGAGAGCUAGUGACUUUUGCAAAAUACAUCCUGGGCAAGUUCUUUGCCUUGGCUGCAGUCAACCAGAAAGCCUUUGUGGAGCUGCUGUUCUGGAAGAACACUUCCGUGGUUCGAGAGAUGACCGAGGGCUAUGGCUCCCUGGACGGCGGGUGA